AUGCCAGAUUUACCAGCUGAAUUGAGACGAGUACUGGAUGAGUUAUUGGAUGAGAAAUACAUAGAAGGAACUAUCAAAGCAGUGGAGUACCUCAGGGGGACCCCUGUAACUGAGUAUUAUGCAGACAUGCUGCGAUACCUUCGCUCAAAGUGGUCUAGUUUGCAGAUGCUUCAGAAUUCAUUCUCCAGCUACUUCAGAGAAAUUGUCCUUCGGCCAAGGAAACUGGCCACGGACCUACAGCAGAUGGACACCUCAGCCUUCUUGCUUAGCGCAAAGUACUUCCACAGCGGUAUAAGUGUAGAGCUUGCAUUUACUACCAUCGACUUUGGGCAUGUUAAAAACCAGUUAACACAGAUGCCAGGAGGGAACCGUUCUCUCUUUGAGAGCAGCUGGAAGAAGUGUUUACCGUCGAUCAGCUCCUUUCAGUGUCUGGAGCUGGUGAUUGAGGCCCUGAGACUGACUUCAGCUGUCUACCUACAGCCAGAGAUGGUUCUGAACCUGCCAAAAGACCUUCAAGAGGAGACAUUUAAAAAUAUAACAACUGUGUUUAAGGAGCUCUAUGACAAAAUGGCUGCUCGCACACAAAGAGCGAUAUAUGAAUGGAUGAGACAAACGCUGCAGCGAUCCUAUAAACCACCUGGGCUGAGUGGAUCAGGAUCGUGGAUCACUGCUGAGAACCUGUGGUUUCUGGGUCGAUACAUUGUCCACCUGCCUGUAGAGGAGAUCCAGAAGAUCAGCCUUAAUGAAAUUCGACUGUUCAUUAAUUAUGACAAUGCGACAAAGCAGCUGGACUCAGUGUAUGACAUUACACCUGCCACUGCUAAAGCUUUCCAAGAAAGGAUUGAUGCCAGUGGGUUUGAUUUGACCAACACUUCCACGGUGUACAGGCUUGGUCUUCUGGUCUGUUUCUUCGACAACAUCCAGGAGCUAGACACUGGGGAGGCUCACAGCUUACUCCACCAGAUGAUAAAGUGCAACCGUCUGAAGGGAUUCCAAGUUGCUGUGAGAAAGUUGAAAUCCCACCUCCUGGAAUUAGUCCUAAAAAACCAGACCCUGAAUGAAUCCUUGGACUCCAUCUCAGAUGCAAUUGCUGGGCUGUCUUUCACACAGCUUGAGUCACUGUCCCCACAAGCUGUGCGGAGCGCCAUUUCUGCCCUAAGGACAGUAGCCGGGUGGACAGAGAGCCAGAUGAUCAUCCUUGUGGACAAAUUUAUCGGCGACAGUAAGCAGUUGUCGCUCUUCAACAUCAGCCAGUUGGGUGAGCUAAUGUUGGGAGUCAGUUCAGGCUUGUUGUACAACGUGAGUGCCGAGGAUCUCAUUCAGGCUGUGACAGGCACACUGUCAGAUCAUGCAGCACAGCUCUCUCCAGUCCAACGCAUGGUGGUGGUCUCCAAGAUGGUCGAAACCAUGGAUAUCCCUUCCGUGUUGGACCUGUUGAAUGGAUCGUUCUUGAAAGAGCUGUCUCUCUCCAACCUGCUAAAAGUGAAGGGCUACAAUAUUACUCGGCUUGACCACAAAGAGCUGAGGAGAAGUCAGUUGGUCAUUAAAACAUCCGAGACUCGUUGGAUGGGAAAUGAUUACUCAGCUGAUCAGGCUUUGUAUCUUUACAAUGUGGUAUCUGGUGGAAAGCCUGGCAGUGAAAUAAUCAGUUUCAGUGAGUUCGUGAAAGGUUUGACCUGUGAACAAAUCCAAUCCUUUGACAACAUGACCUUUCUCCUAGUUGCUGAAGUUUUUAAAAGUAACCUAGACCUUCUGUCAUCCCAUCAGUUGAACUGUCUGGCAUGGAAGUACCAACGAGAAGCACCCAAGUUAAUGCCCCCACUUCUUCUUGCCUACCUUCCCCCUGCUGUUCUGGAAGACAUUACUCAAUCUGUUUGCAGACUGUUGUUGUUCAGCCUGGGCAGGACUGAGCUGCACUUAAUCAUUCCUGAUUCCACAAAGCGGAAUAAGGUGAUCAGAAGAGCACUGCAGUGUCUGAAUUACACUCUGCAGGAUGAGUAUGACGUGGAUGCCUUGGGCAGAAUGAUUUGCAAUUUGUCGCCACAGAUUAUCAAAACGAACAUAUCUGUCAAAGCACUGACUGAAGCAUUCAUGCAAUUCAGGUCUUGUAAGAGACUCAGCAAUGACCAGAAAAGAGAAAUUCAAACUAAAAUUAGAGAAUAUUAUGGCAACCCAACUGCCUGGCAACCUGAAUUGAUACAAGAUUUAGGACCUUUAGUUACAUUCUUAUCAAAGGAGGAUCUGACCAUUAUUGCUGAAAAGUUUCCCGAUAUAUUGUUGCAGUUAGCUUUGGAUGUGGAGGGGGAGGUCAUAUUUCAGGACUUCCUGGCUGUGGUGUUCAGCACUCUCAAAAGAGCAAUUGGGAACAAUAAACUCUCCAGUCUAACUCCAGAUUGCCGUGGACUUACAGCACCUUCUUUUGAUCAGAUGCUCAAGCUGGCCGAUGCCAACUCCUACUGGUCAGCCCAGGAACUAAGAUGCAUGUCCACUCAGACUUUUAUCAAAAGUGUUGAGCGCCUUGGUGCCCUGAAGAGUUUUGACAUAAUACAACUCGCUGCUCUAAAGGACAAAGCCAAGAUGGCAUGGGGCCCAAUUCGAAGCUGGAAAAAAUACCAGAUUGUUGCACUUGGACGAAUUGCAUUGGCUUUAGAUGAGAGUGAAAUCAAAGAGCUGGAGCUUGGUUCCAUUGACACAGUUGCUGCCCUGAGCCAACAGACGCAGUGGACACCAACACAGGCUAGGUCUAUUUUGGAAGGCUUCUUCCAAGCUUCUGGUCUGACUGUUGAUGCACUGAAGGAGUGGGAUCUGAUUGGAUUAGGCAGUUUGUUGUGUGCAAUGACUGGCCAUGAGAUCAGCUACUUGAGUGCUUCCACCUACAGUGCUGCAGCUGCAAGGAUCGGUGAGAUUGUCUGCAAAGUGGAGAUCCUCCAGGAACUGCUGAAGAAAGCGAGAUACACUUUUGGAAAUGUUACUGACUGGUACAACUUCAUUCUGGAGGAGGUUGGAACAGUAGCAGCUGGGAUCAGCAAAGAAGAGAUAAAAGUCCUGAAUGAAGAGCUGAUGCCCUACUUUCAGCCAACGGCAAUAGCUGCUCUACCCAGUGAAGUAUUUAAAGAGCUCUCCCCAAAACAGCUAGCAAACCUCGGACCCGAGAAUGCAGCUAUUGUCACAGAGUCUCAGAAGGCCGCCCUGAGCAUUGAACAGCUUUCCAGCUUGCAGGCAGCAGUGGAUGGAGCUAAUUCAAAUCAUUUAAUUCAGAUGUUGCUGUCUGCUUCUCCAGUCCUCAAUAGUUCAUCUUUCCAUGGUGGAAAUCUCUUCUUACUUUGGGCUGCCUGUAUCAUUGUAUAUUUCAUUGCCUGAGAGCCAACCCACAGAUGAGAACCACAAUAUUUGUCAUUAGACAGAUACGAUAGGUACAAAAGUGUCAAUGUAUCACUGCUAAAUUGUGAAGUAUUAGGCUAAUGAAAUACGUGCCUUUUUUAAAAAAAAUCA